AUGUUCAAGAAGUUCAAAACUGAGACUGAAAAAAUGCUGAAACACCAGGAAAUCACUUUUGUUAACAUCGUUAGUUCAAACAUCAAAAUAAUAAACGAUCGUUUGGAUAAAGUUGAACGUAACAUUUUAGAAAACUCAAACAAAAUAGCAUUUAUUAUGAAAGAAGUUGAUGAAAUUAAAAUCAGCUUAAACUUUCAUGAAGACUUAUUUAACAAAAAAAUUAAAACCGCGAUUGAUACAAUUACAAAAGUUAACUUAUCGAAUAUCAAAUCAAAUAACAACAGCGACAAGCUUUCAAAAAUAAACAACAAACUUAGAAAGAUUGAAGAUCGAUCGAGGCGGAACAACCUUAGGAUUGAUGGUGUUCCCGAAAACGACAACGAAAGCUGGAAUGACUGUGAACUAAAAGUUAAAAAAAUAUUUAACGAUUACCUAGGGGUUCAUAAUGUUAAAAUUGAAAGAGCGCAUAGGACAAGGAAAAUUGAUAACAAAAAACACAGAACAAUCGUCCUGAAACUUUUAGAUUUUAAAGACAAAACCAAAAUACUCAUUAAUUCUUUUAAACUAAAAGGUAAAAACAUCUACAUAUCCGAAGACUACUGUAUGGAAACAAACCUAAUACGAAAGGAACUACGCGACAGAAUGAAAGUCGAACGACAGGCUGGUAAAUUUGCUUACAUUUCGUUCGAUAAACUUAUUGUCAGAGAUUGGAAUACUAGAAAACGUAUUGCAACAUCAAACUCGCAUCCAAUGUGCCCAAAAGAAGUCAAAGUUUCUCAAAUUGAAGAUGUUAACUGCGAAAACAAAACUGCACAAAGAAGGUAA